AUGAUGAUGAUGAUGAUGACGAUGAUGAUGAUGAUGAUGAUGAUGAUGAAAAGGUGUACUUAAUCUAUUUGCAGUGUAAUAACCAAAUUCUACCAACACGUCCUUGCCUUGGCCUUUGCUGUGAGGGAGAUCAAUGAAGACCCCCAGAUCUUACCUAACAUCACUCUUGGGUUCCACAUCUAUGAUAGUUAUCACAAUUCAAGAAUGACCUAUCGCACCACUCUGGACCUCCUUUUCAAAUCUCAGGAAUUUGUUCCUAACUACAAAUGUGAUAGCCAGAAGAAUCUGAUGGCCAUCAUUGGAGGAUUAGGUUCUGAUACAUCAUCUAAUAUAGCUGAAGUUGUAGGUUUUUACAAGAUUCCACAGCUGACAUAUGGCUCAUUAGCCCAAGAGGAGUUUCAGACCAGUGAGCUCUCUUCACUUUAUUUCAUGGUCCCAAAAGAGGACCAUCAAUACAUUGGAAUUAUCCAACUGCUUCAUCAUUUCAGAUGGACAUGGAUUGGGAUUUUUACUAUGGAUAACAACAACGGAGAACGUUUCUUACAGAAAAUGCAGCCCAUACUUUCACAAAAUGGAAUCUGUUCAUCGUUCAUACAAAGGCUUUCACAACUAAUCCACAUAGAACACAUUGGAGAACUUUAUCACAUAUUCUCAGAUAUUUCCAAUAUUUUGAAGAAUAGCAACACCACCACAUUUCUCGUCUAUGGAGAAUCAGGGACAAUUAUGUGGCUCAGGGCUGUCAUGUUUGUAGCAGAUCCUGAAAACAAGGAAACUGCAUUACUUAGAAAGGUGUGGAUCAUGACUGCACAGAUUGAUUUUGUGCUGUCCGGCCUUCAAAUCAGUUGGGAUCUCCAGAUGUUCCAUGGGGCUAUUUCCUUCACUGUUCAUUCAAGAGCAGAUGUAAGUUUCAAGGAGUUUCUUCAGACCAUCAAACCUCAUUCAGGCUGCAGAGAUGGGUUUCUGCAGGACGUUUGGGAACAAUCAUUUGAUUGUUCAUUCUCAAAAUCAGAAUUACAAGAAAUGUCCAAUAGGCAGUGCCCAGUGGAAAAGAAACUGGAGGAUCUUCCUGGGCCCAUGUUUGAAAUGGAAAUGACUGGACAAAGCUACAGUGUCUACAAUGCUGUUUAUUCUGUGGCUCAUGCUUUGCAAGCACUACUCAUGUCAGGGUUCAAUAAGAAAAAAAGUAUGAUGCAUAGAAAAAUUGACCUCCCACCUCUGCAGCCUUGGCAGCUCCAUCCAUUUCUACAUGGCAUUUCUUUUAACAAUUCGGCUGGAGAGAAAGUUUCCCUGAAUGAAAAAGGGGAAGUAAUGGGUGGAUUUGAUAUCAUCAACCUCAUCACAUUUCCAAAUAGGUCUUUUCAAAGAGUUAGAAUUGGAAGAAUAGAUCCGAGUUCUCCAACAGGCAAAGAAUUAUUGAUUGAUGAAGAUUUGAUUGUCUGGCACCCAGCUUUUAAUCAGGUACUUCCAAUUUCUCUGUGUAAUGACCAUUGCUCCCCUGGAUACUGGAAGAAGGAGAUUGAAGGAAAACAAUUCUGUUGCUAUGACUGUGUUCCAUGUCCAGAAGGGAAGAUUUCAAAUCAAAAGGAUAUGGAUGACUGUUUGGAAUGUUCAGAAGAUCAUUAUCCCAAUAAAGAAAAGAAUGGAUGUAUUCUGAAAUUGCUGGUCUUUCUAAGCUUUGAAGAAACAUUAGGAAUUGGUUUGGCCUCAGUAGCUCUUUGUUUCUUCUUCUUGACAUCUUGGGUACUUGGAACUUUUAUUAAGCACAGGGAUACUCCCAUUGUGAAAGCCAACAACCGGUCCCUCACCUACACUCUGCUUGUCUCUCUUCAGCUCUGUUUUCUCUCCUCUUUGUUGUUCCUCAGCCAACCUAACAAGGUGACCUGCCUUCUCCGACAAUCAACUUUUGGCAUCACUUUCUCAGUGGCCAUUUCUAGUGUUCUGGCUAAAACUAUCACCGUGGUUGUGGCUUUCAUGGCCACUAAACCUGGUUCUCAGAUGAGGAAGUGGGUGGGGAAAAGAUUGGCCUUUUCUAUUGUCCUCUCAUGUUCUCUAUUCCAGGUAAUGAUUUGUAGUCUUUGGUUGUUCACAUAUCCCCCAUUCCCUGAGUUGGACAUGCAUUCAGAGCUCCAAGAAAUGAUUUUACAAUGCAAUGAGGGGUCAGCUUUCUUUUUCUACUGUGUCUUAGGAUACAUGGGAAUCUUGGCCAUCGCCAGCUUUAUUGUGGCUUUCCUUGCCCGUAAAUUACCUGACAGCUUUAACGAAGCCAAGUUCAUCACCUUCAGCAUGUUGGCCUUUUGCAGUGUGUGGAUCUCCUUCUUUCCAGCCUAUCUGAGCACAAAAGGAAAAGCCAUGGUAGUUGUGGAGGUCUUCUCCAUCUUGUCCUCCAGUACUGCUUUACUGGGAUGCAUAUUUUUGCCAAAAUGCUACAUCAUUGUUUUGCGACCUGAGCUAAACCACAGAGAGCAACUCACAAAACGAAAUUAGUACAUUGUGUGUUCUUUUUGGCUCCCCUAAUUAAAAGAUCAAAGAUGGUUUGUAUGCCAUUUCAGGGAAAGAACUUGAUAUUUGGUGCCUUUGCGAUCCAUCCUCUUUUUUUCAUUGAGGUUUCUCUAUAAUUUCUAGAUUUAAUGGGAUUUUAGUGUGGUCUAGAGGGUAACGAACUGUGGUAGAAACCAAGGAGCCAUGAAUUCAAGCUGUGCCUUGGCCAUGAAAGCCAGCUGGGUAACUUUGGACCAAACACUGUUUCUCACAGGGUUGUUGCUAUGUGGAAAAAAUAAGGGAGAUGGUAUAUUGGAUAUGUUUGCUGCCUUUGGUAGUUUGUAAGAUAAUAAAGUGGUAUAUAUUGUAAAAAAAUAAAAUAAUAAAUGAAAUGAAAUGAAGUACUAAUAUGAAAUGAAAUGAAAUAAAGUAAUAAAAUGAAACAAACCUGCUAUGGCAAGUGAAAGGGAUUGAAAGAUGUAAAAUGUACGAUGACAUCAUUAACUAAAUUCCACCCAGUUUGUAAAAGUAUAGUGAGCUGCACAAAAGGAUGUCAUUUCCACACCACAAAGAGUAUGUUUAAUGUUAUGUUUUAUUAUAAUUUAUUAUAAAUAGAUAGCUAAAUAGCUAAGUAGCUAGAUAUCCAGAUAUCCAUAAAGGAGGGGUGGAGGGAGAGAAAUAGAUAAAGCAAGAUAGAGAGAUGGAUGGAUGGAUGGAUCGAUGGACGGAUGGAUGGACGGAUGGACGGAUGGACAGACAGACAGACUGAUUGAUUCUCUGGACAGGACAAGUAGCCGAAAUUAUAAUGAAAGUGCAACCCUAAUUCAGAUAGAAACUAGUUACUCUGUACUCUGCAAGUAAUGCUUCCCCUGUUCUCAUAAGUGGUGUGUGGGAAUGCGGUGGCCAUAAUACAUGUUUAAACCAGUUUAACUGGUUGGACACUUGUAUGGAGCUUAGCACCGAAAUAACCAGACUAUGAAAAGCGGGUUAAUAUGGAUACUCUCUGAAGGGCCCUAUUCAUUCUCUCUUUGUUUAUAACAUAGGCUGUGCCUGCAAAAGCAAAGAUAUCUCCUUGUAUAAAUAUUCCUGAGAAGCAAAGCAGACACAUCUCCUAUCUCUUUGUAAACACAUUCCUGAGAAUCAGAUAACGGAGAUGGGCCUCUCGCCUGGUAGUAUCUGGUACCAAGCAGCCAGAGUUAGAUUUUGCUUUGCAUCUUUACCAUUGCUUUCCUAUCUCUUGUAUGUAAUAUGAGAUGUGUAGCCAUAAUAACGCCUUCUGAUGACGCUGUAUUUGGGUAACUAAUAAAAGAGAUUGUAGCUUUUUGUUUGCUGCUCUCUCAUCCCGAGAAAA